UAGUCUUGUGAGAUAUCGCUCAACCAAGUGCAGCCUCACAAAGGCAGCUGUCAUUCACCUGCUCAGUUGUCAUGAAAAUGACAUAUAUUGGUUUUAUUACUUUGCUUCUCUUAGCUUGUUGGGCAGGUCCCGUAUCCUCGAGGGGAAGAUUGUUGAACUUUCGAACUUAAAUUAUCAUGACUGUAAAAGAUUGCACCAGGAUAGAUCAAUCAGACUUGCCCCGAACCCUUCAUCACAGAUUACAGUAUUUGAUACCUUGAAUGAAGAGUUUAGCAGUGAAGUCUGAUUGCUCUGUUUCAUAAUUUAAAUAAGAGAAAAAUAUAAAUAUAGUGCACACACAUCAAAGCAGAGCUCGUAGCGGUCGUUCGUGAUGCUGACAAUGUUUGAUCACCACUUCAAACACACGCAGAGAGAAAGGUCUUGGCACCUUUGCUGUGCUGUUGGAAAUCAGCUGUGUGUUUAUCCAUAGGGAUUAUAGCCUGUAUUGUGCAUGUCCUCGUGGGUAGAAUGUGUUUUUCACUCCCACUGUUGUGCUUUUGCUCUACUGUUAUGUACCGCCACGGCCUCUCCCCUUUUUCCUCCCGACUCUUACAACACAAUGAGUUUGUUGUUUAUGGGUGUAUCAGCUCCAGUGGAGCUCCCUUCAUUACUUCUGGUUAAAGAGAUCAUCACUAUGUUCAGAUAUUUGGUAAUAUAAAAUCUGCAGUGCUAUAUAAGAGAAGAUGUUUAGCAGAAUGACACGGGCUGCGUUUCCCAAAAGCAUCGUAAGCCUAAACAUUGCAGAACCAUCGCAACCGAUGGAGCUAUUUGGAAAACGCAUCAUCCACUUUCAUUGUGGAAAAGAACAGUGUGGACAUUUUGGGGAUUCCAUGAAUGAUGUAUUUAUAUAUAUAUUGUUACACUAUUAAUACAGCUUUCUUUUCAAGAAUGCUAUUAUUUUAAUGAGACUUUUUUUGAUUAUAAGGCAGUUGCAUCAUACUUGCAUUUUACACAAGGAAAGUUAGACUUUUUUAUUAUUGGGAGAACUGUCCCUUUAAAAAGCCAAAUAGGAAAGCAAAAGCUAUCACUGUGGCCUUUUGUCUGAAGUUAGUACAGGCAAAUGAUCUACUAACAACAGUCGACUGUGUCUGAAAGAUGAAAAGUAUUGCCUUCUUAAGCAGUAAUGGUUCUAAGGAAUACGAAAACCUCGCUGUUUAUGUUUAAACCCCACUAAUAAUUGGAUAAUAACUAGAUAAUAAUGGGGGGUGAGAACCAGAAGGGUCUAAGGGACAUUUUUGUUUGGGCUCUCCUGUAAAGUUACUCCUUUCUGGUUCUCACCCCUCGAUAAUGGAUUUUUAAAAGUUCCAGAAGUUAAUUAAUUAAUGGAUGGAUGAAUGCGUAAAAUGUGAGGAAACCCCUAAGAAAAAACAUUUGAAUCCUCUUAAGUUUACCCUAGUCUACAGAGGAAAUAACAAUAACUGUCUGAUAACAUUCCUUGAGUCCUGUUUUUCCAUAAACAGUUUGUCUAGAUAAGGGCGGCUGGAAAGAGAUUUAUCCCUAAAAUAUUCUUAUCGGUGGUCCACAUUUGUUUGGAGCAGUGAAGUGAGUGCCGUUGUGUGUUUUGUCUGCGCGUGAGGGGCGUGGACGCGUCCUGCCCUGAGCGCACAGCGCGCGUACCACGGGCGCAACACACAGCAGUGCGCGCCGCGCAACUCCAAAACAAAAAAAAAUGGGGCUUGAAAAAGAAAAAAUGGAAACCAGUGUCAUUAUGGAUGAGGAUGAAUUCAACAGAUCGAUUGAACCUAUACUUGGAAAAAAACCGAACGUGUAUUCAGAAGUCCCGGAUAGAGAUCCUAAAGAUAUUAACGCGCACCUAAAGGUUGGUUUUGAAGACAUCAUUGCUGAGCCCAUCUCCACGCACAGCUUUGACAGAGUUUGGAUCGGCAGUCACGCUGUGUUUGAGCUGGUGAAAUUCAUCUUCUACCGGAUCCUCACCACGUUUCUGGCCAUUCCUCUGGCAUUCAUCGCGGGGAUUGUUUUCGGGAUCCUCAGCUGUAUACAUAUUUGGGUGGUGAUGCCAGUGAUCCAGGGCUGCAUGAUGACGCUGCCCUCCAUCCAUGUGAUCUGGACCAGCCUGAUGGAUAUGUUUAUAGGGCCGUUCUUCUUCAGCAUUGGACGGUGCUUGUCGUCCAUCAAUGUCAAGACUGUGCAAAACUGAGCAUAUCCCUGCAUAGAAGUGUUGCAGAUUCUCUUUGUCGCGAUGUUGUGGCCUCCUUUUGGAGGUUUGUUAGCUGAAGGAUCGUUUAUCCUUGACUUCUGAAGCACAGAGAAGCGAAAGAAGUUUUCUUUCAUUUCAAUGCAAUAUUCAUUCCGUUGUUUCGGCUCUGACGCGUCAGUGUCGACAUGCUUUUUCAGUACUGUUAUGCAUGUCUAAUUAAGCUUUUGCAUUAUAUCUAACGCAAAGACUUUUCAAAGAUUAUAAUGUAUUGAUUGGGAUUUUAGCCUUAAAGGAAUAGUUCACCCUAAAAUAAUAUUUGCUAAAAAUGCAAUCACCUUCAGGCCAUCCCGAGAUGUAUUUGAGUUUGUUUCUUCACCAGAGAAGAUUUGGAUAAAUUUAGCAUUGCAUCGCUUGCUCUCCAAUGGAUCCUCUGCAGUCAAUGGGUGCAUAAAGUAUAAGACCAUGCUUCUUCGGUGAAAAAAAGAAGGAAUUAUUACCAACACACAGCUUUUUGCUUUAUAAGAUGUUAAUUGAAAGGCUAUUAGAAUAAGAUUUUAUUUUGUUAUUUAUCAGCUGUUUAGACUUUCCUUCUUGUUGUCACAUUUCACUUUUAUACACUGUAAUUAGACACAUUUGUACUACUGUGGAUGAAAAAUAAUGAUACUCCGAACCCCUAGUGGAUUCAAAAAGUGUUACUUUGCGCCCCUCUCUCCCCUACUACAUGAUCUGCUUGUAAGGAAAAACUGAUGCAACUACUUCCAAUAGGGCUGUAGCGUUGUGCAAUUUCUGAGCUAAUAUAUAUAUAUAUAUAUAUAUAUAU